AGUGCUAUGCACUCAUUCAUUCAUCCAUAAUGGCUCCCAUCCGCUUUUUCCUUUGGAAUAACGCCAAAACAGCCAUUACCCAUUACUCAUGUGGAAUAUGGAAGCCCUUCCCUUCCCCUCUUCCUCCUCCUCAUCCUCCUUUUCUUCUUCUUCCUCCUCCUGAACCAAACCCCACAUCUCCUUUCCCCAAAGCAGCUCUGGUCCCAGUUGCCUGUCAUACCUCUCCCCUGCCUCCCACCAUUCUCUCUCUCCUCUCUCUCUAUAGUACAGCUGAACCAGAACAAAAAAUCAGGAUCCCUCGCCCGGUCAGAGCGAUCUAUGUAUCGGGUUUCCCGCUCAGCUUUUCCUCAUCAGCACCAGCGCCGGAGAGCCCCUUCCUCUAUUUAUCAACCUCCCCUCUUUUUCCUCCUCGGCUUUACUUUUAUUGACCCUUAGGUCGAUCCCUCCCCACAUCCUCUCUCCUUCCUCCUCUCCCCCUCUCCCCCCGUGAAUGCCCUUCAAAAGAAUUUCACUCAAUUGCUUUCUGGCAGCCCCCCAUCUUGCUCCUUUCUGCACAGACACUGCCGCCCUUCUUGCUACUGCAUCCUCUCCUUUCUAGGAAGGCACUGCCCUUCUGGCUCUUCUGCUCUCUUCCCUUGCCCGCCCGCCUGAUCGCCUGCUUGCACUUCACUGCAUCCUCAAGCAGCGAGCAUGUCCAACUGCAUCGACAUGGCCUCUGAGCAAGUGUGCUACGUCCACUGCAACUUCUGCAACACCAUUCUUGCGGUAAGCGUUCCAUGCAGCAGCCUGUUCAACAUCGUCACUGUGAGAUGCGGACAUUGCACCAAUCUGCUGCCCGUCAACAUGGCGGCCAUGCUUCAGCCGCAAAACUUUGCUCCCCACGAUUACAUGCACAUGCUAGAUUGUUCAUCAUCUUCCAGAUGCAACAAGCUCUCUCCAAUGGCCAUGGUUUCUCCUAAGCCCCACGAGGACACUGUUGCUGUCAACAGGCCACCCGAAAAGAGGCAACGGGUUCCUUCUGCAUACAAUCAGUUUAUAAAAGAGGAGAUCCAAAGGAUUAAAGCAAGCAAUCCAGACAUAAGCCACAGAGAGGCGUUCAGUACUGCAGCUAAAAACUGGGCUCAUUUUCCUCAUAUCCAUUUUGGGCUGAUGCUGGAGAGCAACAGAAAGGACAAGUUUGAUGAGGGCGGGAACAAGCUCCUCAUGACAAAGGCAGCAGUGUGCAAUAAAUGACUGUUAGAUAUGGAUGGACAUAAAUGACUACAGCUUCCGAAGUCUUAAUGUUGCCAUCCGGCCCUUUUGCCGGCGAACGGACUCUGUCUAAAGCCGCAACUCCGGUUAAGGGAAUUAGAUGAAAAAUCCAGUGAAUCUUGUUAGAGUACUUUUCUCCUACCUUGUGAAAGAACUAAAUCAUCUUAUUUUGUUGUAUUACAAGUACCAAUAUAUAUACUACGUCUGGCUAUCAUGCUUUGUCAUCUUUAUUCCUUCAAGAUGAAUGAAACCAGAAGAGUGACACUUUAA